UGAGAUCGUCGUCGUCAAUGGUGAAUCAAGAAGACACUAUUCGAUAAAAACACACACAAAAACCUCCACAAUCCAUCGCCGCCAUGCCUUCUCAGCUGACUCAGGAAGAACGAUCGGAGCUCGCGGAAGCCAUCGCCGAGUUCCACACGUACCGCCUCGGCCCGGGGAGCUGCUCCUCCCUCCACGCGCAGCGAAUCCACGCGCCCCCGGAGAUCGUCUGGUCCGUGGUCCGCCGCUUCGACAAGCCGCAGACCUACAAGCACUUCAUCAAGUCCUGCUCCGUCGAGGACGGGUUCGAGAUGCGCGUCGGAUGCACGCGCGCCGUGAACGUGAUCAGCGGCCUUCCGGCGAACACGUCGACGGAGAGGCUCGACGUGCUCGACGACGAGAGGAGGGUGACGGGGUUCAGCAUCAUCGGGGGAGAGCACAGGCUGACGAACUACAAGUCGGUGACGACGGUGCACAGGUUCGACAAGGAGGGGCGGAUCUGGACGGUGGUGCUCGAGUCGUACGUCGUCGACAUGCCGGAGGGGAACUCGGAGGACGACACGCGCAUGUUCGCGGAUACGGUGGUUAAGCUUAAUCUGCAGAAGCUGGCGACCGUCACUGAGGCCAUGGCUCGGAACGCCGGCGACGGAAGCGGUGCUCAGGUGACCUGAAAAGAAAAAAAUCGAAAAUAAAUUAUGAAUAUAUGGAAAGAAAAAUGGAAAAAUGAAUUUGUUUUUUUUCUCUUUCUAAAUUACCUUUUCGGGAAAUGUUUAUUUACGCUGCUUCGCAUAAGAUUCUAUCUUUUGUCUGUUUAACCUUAUAGUUUUACCUUUUGACCUUGAUAUCUAAAGGUUAGUUUGGACGUUCAA